AUUUGAUCAACGUUACAUAUUUGUAAAUUGUAACACGAAACUCUAUUUAAAUGAAAAAAAUUAAAAAUUCCAUACUUUUUUUCCCUUUUCUCAACAAUGUCUACCAACAUUGAACUCGAAAAUGAAUCGAUUAAUUGGAUUGAAGAAGCAAUUACUAAAAAUUAUUUUAAAUAUUAUGAUUACAAACAUUUCAGUAAUAUUCAAGAAAUUUGUUCCGGAGUAUUUGGAAAAGUUUAUCGUACGAACUGGAAAAAUUCUCAGAGACAUUUAGCGUUGAAAUCUUUUUUUAAUUUCAAUAACGCUACGUGUAAAGAAAUUGUUAAUGAGUUUAAACUUCAGCAAAAAGUAGAUUUUCAUGAUAAUAUUAUUCGUUUUUGUGGCGUUACAAAAGUAAUUGAAUAUGCUGAUGGGGGCACUCUUCAAAACUAUUUAAAAGAUCAUUCCAGUAAUCUUACUUGGAAUGAUAAAUUUAAUCUUGCACUUCAAUUGGCACAUGCCGUGUCAUACUUGCAUGAUGAAGAGAUCGUGCAUCGUGAUCUGCAUUCCAAAAAUAUAUUAAUCCAUCAAAAUACCAUCAAGUUAGCUGAUUUUGGAUUGUCAAAAAGAAUUGUAGGUUCAUCAAACCUUCAAUCAAAAUUAUUUGGAUUAAUUCCUUAUAUUGAUCCAAAAAGUUUUAGUAUGCAAGAUUACGAAUUAAAUGAAAAAAGUGAUAUUUAUAGUGUUGGUAUACUUUUAUGGGAAAUAUCUAGUGGUAAACUACCUUUUUAUACCAAAUCAUAUGAUAUUUAUUUGGCAAUAAGCAUUUCACAAGGUCUUAGAGAAACACCUUUUCCUAAUACACCUAAAGAUUAUGUAAAAAUUUAUACUGAUUGUUGGAAUAAUGAACCGGAUAAUCGUCCAACUAUAAGUCAGGUCAUUACCAAUUUAAAGGACUUUCAGAAAUAUACAGUAAUUCAAAUACAGUAAAGUAAAAGGAUCGGCUGAGCGAUGAAGAUAGAAGCGUUACAGUUCAGCUCGUAGUUGAUAUUUCACGUUUACAAGAUGAUUUGGAAAUUUACGUCACAAACUUAAGACCGAAUAUAAAUAUCAAUUACAAAAAUGUAAAUAAUCUUCUUAGUAAAUAUAAAAGUUAAACUAGAUUGACCUCAAAAUCUUCUGUUAUACCCCUCAUUAAGGCAGUUUUACAACGUCAC